AUGUAUGUGUUUUAUGGCAAUGAUUAUGCAACUAUUUCCUUGUUCAAAGCCUAUCUGAGUGACUGUUUGAAGAUGAAGGACCUGGGUUCUCUCAAGUACUUCUUAGGCAUUGAGGUGACCCGUAGUGCUUCUAGUUUGUUUCUUUGUCAGCGGAAGUACACUCUUGAUAUUAUUGUAGAGGUUGGUUUAUUAGGUGCCAAGCCUUUUGGCGUCCCCAUGGAGCAGAAUCAUCGUCUUAGUCAUGAUACAAGCGCCUUAUUUGAUGAGCCUGAGUGGUAUCGUCGCCUUGUUGGUCGUUUCAUUUACCUUGCGGUUAGUCGACCCAACCUUGCUUAUUCGGUUCACAUUCUAUCCCAGUUCCUUCAGGCUACUCACAUUUCUCAUUGGGAUGCCGCCAUGCGUGUUGUUCGUUACUUGAAGGGUACACCGGGUCACGGCUGCUUGUCCCAUCACGCGGCGCUCCUUUUCUGGGUGGCUAGUUUUCUUGAGGGCAUUCUCCCAUAUCUUGGAAGACAAAGAAGGGGUUGGUGUGACUCUGAUUGGGCUGCUUGUCCCAUCACGCGGCGUUCCUUGUCUGGGUGGCUAGUUUCUUGGGGGCAUUCUCCCAUAUCUUGGAAGACAAAGAAGCAGCACACCGUUUCCUUGUCUUUUGCUGAGGCUGAGUAUCGAUCGAUGACAGCUAUUACCUGUGAGUUCAAGUGGCUCAAGGGGAUCUUACUUAGUCUUGGGGUUCAUCAUCCCAAGGCAAUUUCCCUUUUCUGUGACAGUCUGUCCGCUCUUCAUAUCGCUCAUAAUCCUGUGUUUCAUGAGCGCAUGAAACACAUUGAGGUUGACUGUCAUUUUGUUCGUGAUGCCAUCAAGGAUGGUUUACUAGCUCCGUCCUAUGUUCCUACCACAACACAGUUGGCUGAAGUUUUCACUAAGGCUCUUGGCAAGUCACGGUUUGAUCUUCUCAUAUCCAAGUUGGGCAUUUGUUCACCGCAUGCUCCAACUUGA